AUGGCGUCCAAAGCAAGUGAAGUAGGAGCGCGCUCGCACAGACCCAUGAAUGAUGAAAAUAUCGCUGACGCACUAAAUGAAUCUGAAUUCGACUAUUCGGGCGAUGAUUCAGAUUGUGAUCUGACCUUCAAACCUCCGGAACUCGACUGUCAUGUUGUUGCAAAUGGUGCUAAUGAUUCCGAUACGGACAUUACAGACUCGGAUGAUUCAGAUAAUGCUACUGAAUCAGAUUACCCUGCACCUUCACCUACGUUAUCUACUGACUCCAGGGCUCCAAGGUCACGAGGAAGAGCACAAAGCAGACGACCAAGCAGAGGUCGUUCACUUACAAAUCCUAUGUAA